GGGCUGGAGGAGGGAGGAGCCGGUGAACUGGGUCACAUGGUCGCGCACUGCUCGCCUCGCUCGGAACAGUCGCUGCAGACAGACAUCAGUCCUCUACACACCGGAGCGGUAACGUUAGACCCCGUGAGACACCGCGUACCCGACUAAACCUCUGACUGGAACCAGGGCGAAAACGUCUCCCUCGCUAAAGAGAAGAACGACGCAUCGGAGGAGAAAAAGAAAAAAAAAACUGCCACCUGACAGCGGUGUCUGAAAAACUUAAUGCUUCGGUUUGAUACGCGAGAUUUGUUCCCCCCACUGUGAGACCGAAUCUCGCCCGGACUGCUGCCUCCGACUGUAGCUUUUUACGGCGUCUGUCGCGUUUGAAGCAGGUUUGAAGGCGUCGUCGGUUGUAGAUGUUGUAGCAGUUUCUCCGCCUACAUCAAUCAGCGACUUUUCAGUUGCUGAACACUAAAACAGAAAAACGGCUUCGGCACUGAGGUAGCAGAGGAGGAAGCCCCCCCUAAACUCAUAGGACAUGGAGUCAACCAAAGCUGGAGGCGUAAUAGCCUAUAUCAGCUCCUCCAGCUCUGCCUCCAGCCCCGAGUCGUGUCACAGCGACUCUUCCAACGGCAGCUACCAGUCGGCCUCGCCGCCCCGCGGAUCUUCACCCAGUCAGCUGAGCCAGCCGGUCGACCCCACACUCGCUUCCAGCGGUCCAAACCUGCCAGGGACUCAACGAAGCGGACGCUCCUCGUCCAGUGCAAAGUGCGGCAUCACCAAAAUCAACGGCCUGGUGCUGCUGUGCAAGGUGUGCGGCGACGUGGCCUCCGGUUUCCACUACGGAGUCCACGCCUGCGAGGGCUGCAAGGGCUUCUUCAGGAGGAGCAUCCAGCAAAACAUCCAGUAUAAGAAGUGCCUUAAGAAUGAGAGCUGCCCCAUCAUGAGGAUCAACAGGAACCGCUGCCAGCAGUGCCGCUUCAAGAAAUGCCUGAUGGUGGGCAUGUCCCGAGACUCUGUGCGCUUUGGCCGGAUUCCCAAGCGUGAGAAACAGCGCAUGCUGCUGGAGAUGCAGAGUGCCAUGAACAACAUGAUGAACAACAGCCAGCUGCAGAGCCAGCUGCACAGCAGCCAGACCCUGCCCAUCGCCAAACCGCUGCCGGCCAGCGCCACUGAACCUACCUCCGAGGAUGCCGGCCCCGCCCCCUCCUGCUCUCCUUCAUCCUCCCCACGUUCCACCCAAUCGGAUUCCAGCUCUGACCCUGAGCCUGCCGUCGCCAUGGACACCAGCCCCAGCUCGGCCUCGCCCAGCGCCUCGGACAGCGGCGAGGAGGAGGUCAUCGGCUCGGUGACCAGGGCUCACCAGGAGACCUUCAUGUACAACCAGGAGCAGAGCAGCCUGACAGGGGAGGCCUCGCCACCCACCGGCCCCCUCAACAAUGGCGUUGCCAACAACACUAGCAACCAGCGGACAGAGGAACGGCAGGACGCCUGGAACCUGCGCAACAACCUGAUCACCGUGGCAGCCAAAGAGCCGACCCCGAGCGCGGGCCCUCAGGAUCAGAAGGAAAGCAAACAGUGCCCCUUCAGGCCGUCCAGGAGCGCUGCCCCCAGCCACUGUCCAGCUUACGCUCACAGAGCUUUUAGAUCUCCACCCACAGAGGUCCAUGCUAAUGGAGCCUACAGCGGGCCCAUAUGGAGAGGAGGCAACAGGAUGCAUCUGGUUUGUCCUAUGAACACAUCUCCCCAUGUGGACCCUCAGAAGUCUGGCCACGAGGUGUGGGAGGAGUUCUCCCACAGUUUCACCCCUGCCGUCAGGGAGGUGGUGGAGUUUGCCAAAAAGAUCCCAGGCUUCAGAGACCUGUCUCAGCAUGACCAGGUCAGCCUGCUGAAGGCCGGCACCUUUGAGGUGCUGGUGGUUCGCUUUGCUUCACUGUUUGAUGUGAAGGACCGUACCGUUACCUUUCUGGGAGGGAAAAAGUACAGCAUUGACACCCUGAGGGCCAUGGGGGCCGGAGAUCUCCUCAACUCCAUGUUUGACUUCAGCGAGAAGCUCAUGAACCUGGGCCUCAGUGAGGAGGAGAUGAGCCUGUUCACUGCCGUGGUUCUGGUCUCUGCAGAUCGCUCCGGCAUCGAGAACGUGAACUCCGUGGAGGCCCUGCAAGAGACGCUGAUCCGCGCCCUGCGCAGCCUCAUCACCAAGAACCACCCCAACGAGUCGGCCAUCUUCACCAAGCUGCUGCUCAAGCUGCCCGACCUCCGCUCGCUCAACAACAUGCACUCUGAGCAGCUGCUCGCCUUCAAAGUUCAUUCCUGAGGUUUCCUCCCGUAACCUGACCUCUUCAUUCCGAUCGCAAACUUCAAAAAAUAAAUAAUGAAAUAAAAACAACCAGGGGGCUGCGCCACCGGACCACCAGCUCCACCUCACCUCCCACUCGACCACACCUGCACCACCACACCUCUACCAUGAAGCUUAAGGACCCUGCUCCUUCUGUCCUUCUGAAGUUGACAUUUAGAGGGAGAAAAGACCAUCAAAUGUUCUUGUACUGUACUGUAGGGCGUGACCGCCUGUGUGAUGGUAUUGCAUACAUACAGAAACACUGGUUGAUGUAUAUGUUUCUUGUGUUUGUGUGUAGCAGCUGUACAAACGUUAGAAGCACUUUUCUGUAUAGUGUAGGCUGGUAUUGUUUGCAUUCAUAGUGCAAUACGUGACUGCUAUUUGAUUUGAGCUGUGUAGCGACCAGUUUAAACUUUUAUUUCAGUGGCACUCAUUUUGAAUUGGUGCCGCACAAACCGUGUGAUAAAAACACACUGAACGACUGAUGUGAUAAAGUGCUCUGUUGUUAAAAACAACUUUAAAGAAAAAAAAAAGCACAUAACGAUUAGAGGAAUGUGGAGUAAAGCUGCUGAGAGUCCUGCUUCCCAGUUGGACCGUGAGAGAAACCAGAAUGUUGUUUACUUCGAAUGAAUGUGGGAAGCAGGUGUCUCAUUUGAGAACUUUCAUGCAGUUGUGUACAUGCUAUGCUGUGUUUCAGUCAGUUGCGGGUCAUUUUUUCCUAAUUUGAUUUGUGACAAAUCAAAUGAAUGAGUUAUCAGAAUUUUAUAGAUGGAGACAGAACCAAUGAACUCCGAGACUUUUUUUUUUUGACAAUGAGGAGGUUAAGUUUCCCUUCUGUUGGUGUGUUUGUGAGUUCCCAACAACUGCUGUCUCACUUGGUCGUGGUGAGUUUCGGACACCGGUCGGCACAAGAAACAUCGUCCAGAAGCCACCAGCGACUCCCGCCUGCUUGAACGAAAAGAAACUUCAUUUCUGUUUUACAAAACUGUACAGACUUUAGCUGAGUGUAGUUAAUGUGAAUAGAUAGGACUAUUCCACAUAAAGUAUGAUUGUAUUAUCAAUGAAGUGAUUGUAAUUUAAAGAAUUAAGCUGAAUUGAGGUGACAGCUGAGUUACUGGUGUUCUUCUUUUUGUUUUCUGUGUCGAUGAAUCCAGAAUGUCUGCCCUUUAAUAUCCAGAGCUUCUGUCAUUGUGUUAACAUUGCUGACAUGUGGUUCUGUUCUCCUCUGUGAAAGGAUUGCAGUAUGCAUAGGUUUCUAUAUAAAUAUAUACAUACUACCGUACAUACAUGACUGUAUAGUUGAAUAUAUAUCUAUAUAAAUAAAUUUUCAUAAAUGCUG